AUGGCCAUGUGGUCCAUUGCCAUCAAGCUCCUCAGCCAUAGCGCCCACACCAAUGUUGCAUGGAUGCUGGCGCUGCUCAUGCUGAUGGCCAUCCUUGUGGUGGUGUUGGCCAAGAUUCAAACCACCAUGUCCUCCCAGAAUCAACACAUCUACAAGGCAGUCAACACAUGUGGUGCGCCCUUUGGCAAGGAGACCUAUGGUACCAUGGGUGCGCUGUUGGAGAGCAUCCCCAUCAUGUCCCACACACCCUAUGCACCCACACCCAAUGCUGGCAAGCUGGUGUCACCCUACGCCCCACUGCUGGCUCCCACCCCAUCUCCUCCCAAAAAGAGCCAUGAUCUUGAGAAGUGGCUCCUGGUGAUUGGUGUGCUGCUCACCCUGGGCGCUGUGGGCUUCAUCAUUUACAGGCAGUGGUAA